AUUGCAAACUAAUACAACAACUAUAUAUGUAUGUACAUACAUAAAAGUAUAAGUGACAACAAUACAAUCGAAUCACCCAAGUUCUGGGCAAGAUGAUACUCAUCUCAACGCUAAUCGGCAAUUGGGAAAAGCUAACAGUCAGCAGUCAUGCCAAUUUGGCGGUGCUGAUGUUUCUCUUUAUGGUUUGCGCUUUUGAGGUGGUUCUGUUGAAGCUAACCACUAUCGGUUCCAGCACAGCGAACGGCUUUGGACGCAGCAACACAGAGGAUGAUGACUCGAGUGAAUACGAGGAGGAUAUUUACUAUGAAGACUUGCGUAACAAUUACGAACGCUGGGCGCGAAGACAAAUGCGCUACCGGCAUCGAGUGCAGCGGCAGGAACAGGAAAUGCUGCGCCGAUUUCGUGAGCAAGAGCAGCAGCGACAGCGAAAUCAAGGGGGCAUUUGUUAAAUAUGCGCUAAAUAUUUGCGGUGGAG